GCAGAAAGAAGGGAUCACACACACUAUGACCACAUGUCAGUUGCGUCAGGUUUUGACCGACUCAGAGUAGAUGGCAUUCCUGAAGGAAUAAAUCUGACUACACAGCAGACUGAGAGUCUGUCAGCUGCAGAGAAAUGGAGUGUAAAUGUGAAACAGACAACUCUGAAGAUGCUGUUACGGGCUGGUGGCUGAACGGGAACAGCACCCAGAUGGGAGUUUACACUGUGGUGGGGUAUCUUCUCUACAGAUUCUCACAGACUCUUCCAGCUCUGAUCCGAUGGCCAAUUCGUCUCUUCUGCUCUUUAACUGGUCUAUCAGCUCUUUGGAGCUGGGUGAGCCGCCUAGUAGGGACCCUCCGUGGAAUCCAGAGCCUGUUUAAAUGGCUGUCUCGAUUUUGGCGGUUUAUCGUAGGAUUUUCCUCAAAGUGCAAAUGGCUGGUUGCUGCCAUUAAAGCCAUUACAGGGUCAUCCAGUGAUGGACCUUUGGAGACAGAUCAGAACAGCAGCAGCAUGAACAUGACUGCUGACUUCUCCAGCAGCGGUCCCAUGAAACCUGGCCUGAGACUGAUCCUCCUGGGGCCUGCUGGUGGAGGACGGACUUCCCUGGCAGACAGUUUGUUGGGCUGCAGUGCAGCCCCAACUGUGGGACCCCUGAUGGAGAGCACCAAGAGAAGGACAGUAGUGAAUGGUAGAGAGGUUGUAGUGAUCGACACCCCAGAUCUUCUGGAGCCGUCACUGGGGGACAGUAAGAGAGCCAGAGAAGCUCUGAGGAGCCUUCAGCUUGCUGGUCCCGGACCACAUGCCUUCCUGCUGGUGAUCCGGGCACCAGGCUCCAGCAUGGGGAUCGACCAAGAUGCCACUCAGGCAAUCCAAGCCGCCCUGGAGCUAUUUGGAGAUGGAGUCUUGGGGUACAUCAUCCCAGUGCUCACCCAUGCAGACCAUCUGGGUCGAAGGCGUACUGUAGAGCAGCUGCUGGAUGUGGAUGCUGGGAGUCUGAAAAGGGCUGUGUCUCUAUGCGGCCAGAUGCCUGAGCUGGUGGACAACAGGCCAGAUCGCCCUCCAAAGGUACAGAGCGUGAUGCGCAGGGAGCUGGUGGAACGUGUGGUGGAGAUGGAGGAGCUGAGGGGGCAUUUUGUCCACGAGCUGCAGAGGAGGGAGGACCGCGUCAGGGAGGAACUGCUGGCUGACAUGGCCUCUGCACUGGCUGGAAAACUGGGACACAUGUAAAUAGGAGAAGGAGAAGAAGUGGUGAUGUUGUUGAUUGAUGUGUGUCUGUGUC